CGUGUCAGCCCCUUCUGUGUAAGAACCUCUGCGGCCAUGGACCGAGCCGGCGAGGAUGCCACCAGCAACCAUGCAUCCCGACUCGAGAUCAACAACCAGCAGAUGCCACCACCUCUGUCGAGGCCUGACCCGGUCGCGCCGCCUCCUCCGAUCUCGUCGCUGAGUCGCAUCACAGUCCGCGAUAUUACUACAGAGUUUCGAACAGCCGCGUCAGCCCUGCAGAUAGGACAGCUGGUCAAAGAUGCUUCAUUUACACUAUUUGAGUCCGUUGGGGCGUUGGAGAUCAUGGACCCGAAAAUGGACAGCGGCUACUUAGAACCUGGAGAGACUCUUGACGAAGAGUACGAUGUCUUGCGCGAACUUAAUCCAGAAGAGCUGCUUGGGAUCAUGGACCAAUUGGUCUUCCACGAAAUGGCAUGGCAUAUGGGAUACCCUCUUUCACAGACUCUAUUCACGUCCACUUAUAUCGAUCGGCUUCUUUGGCCCGAUCCGCGGACCUUGAAUGAAGCUGCGUUUUCCCGCGAGGAGAAUGAUCGAGCUGGCGGCCCUUGGUUGAACAUUGUUCUCAGAGCAUACAGCUUAGCUUUGAUUAAGACGUGUGAUAUUGUGCAUAAACGUAUAGGGGUAGAGCAUUGCUACGAGGAAGAAGACUUUGUAACGCAUCUCUACAACAGAAGGCUCCUUUCAGACAUUCCUGAAAACCAAAUGUCGAUGCUCCUAGAAGAGGCAAUAAGUUGGACCGCUUCCCAAAAAGGUUCAAUCGGAGAUGAGCUGUAUGAUGCGCUGCAGUCGCGCCUGAAAUUCAGAGCACAUUUUCUCAGGGCUAUUGCAUUCGACUUACAGCUUCUCAAAGAGCGCUCAAAUCCAUAUUGGCAGCAAUGCCUUGAGUUGCUGCCAUCAGUGCAGGGAUCUCAUGGAAUUGGGAAGCCGAUCCCUGAAUCUUUUAGUAUAAAAAUCCAACGAAAGCUGACAAGCACUGUGCCUCCUCGCCCAAUUGUCAACAUCAGUUCUGAUGAUGCCUUUCCUUACUUGAAGAGGCUCUGCCAGGAUGGCUCAGAUAUCACUCGAAUGCUGGAUUGCCAAGGGGCCAACAACGUUCUGACCUUUGUGUGGGUCUUCCAAUCACGCAAACCACAGCCAGCGGUGUAUAUUCGAUCUUUGAUGCAAUCACUACUAUUUGGCGGAGACGGGAUUUUGGGGGACAAGCCGUAUGAGGAGUUUUUUCUCGAAACUCUGGCUGAAACCGUACUUCCUGCACAUAUUCUUUUAGACCCGAAGAACAACACAAUAGAGGCCCCAAAUCAUCCGAGAUUCCAGGUAGCAGAGAAGAUGAAUCUCCUGGUAGACAGAGCUGAACACCCUUAUACAGACAUUUUCCGCACCAUCUGCCAAAACAGAUCGAGGAUUCGGCGUAUGCUCUGCCACUCAAUUAUCGAAUUUGACAAUCUUCAACUUGAAGUCGAAGAGCUCGACGUAGAGUUCCAAAAGCUCACCAAAGAGGAACCCAUUCUGGACCGCAAAGUCUCCAGCGAAGCCAUCUAUUCAUUCCCUCUAUCUUCUUGGGUCUACUAUCAGAAAUUGUUGCAGAUGCAAUGGGUCGUACAACUAGGCUUUGAACUUGAAGUAUAUCACGCCGACGAACUAGCCGGGAUGUACUGGUAUCUUCAGAGCCUAGCAUCUACACGCCUACACCACCUAACUCGCAUACGGGGUUUUGUUGCUCGAUCCAUGGCGAAGAUACAAAGGCCCACUUCACAAGAAGAAGAAGCAUUCGCCAAGACGCUUACAUUUCUAAAACUCUCCAUGCUUGAAGCAAUGGCCACUCUCAGUUUCGCCGAGGGUCUCAGCUCGCUAUAUACCGCGCUCUCCCGCCUUUCCACUCUUCCCGGCCCUGGCUCACGACCAUACAGCACGCCUGCACUGCGCUACGAGCUCCGCAUGAAACCUUUCCUUCCCUUGUCCCUCCCGAACGUUCCGCCCUAUGAGGAAUUCACCGAGUCCGUGACCCGCCACCACAUACCCACCACGCGGCUUCUCAACGAGGCAUCUGCAGCAAUCGGCCACGCUCGUCGAGACUUUGAGCAGCUCGCUCGCAUGGACGCUGACGAAGCCGGUCUGUUUUGUCGAGCCAUCGAGCCCGAAUGGCGUGCUGGAGUCAAGGACGCAUUGAAAGCAUGUAUUUCUGCAAGUCUAGCUACUGUGACCGCUGCCAAGACGAUUGAUGUCAGUGGGAAAUCGCAGCCCCAGUCGUCAAACAUCUCUGUCCAGAUCCCGGAUGUCGAUACCCCUGGCAGAUAUCAUGAUUGGUGGGUCGUGCCUAAAGUGGAUAUUGUAAAGCAGUAGAAUUAUCAUUGUCAUUAUCACUUACUGUACUGUUAGUAUUGGUGACUACAUAGAAGAGUUUUACUGUAGCAGCGCCAAUGACACACCGAAGAACAUGCUUAAUGAUGUAAUGGUCACUAUACUAAGCAGGAUGGAAUGCUUUGUGUGCUAAGAAGAAGGGGCGCGGGAGCGAUUCGCUGCAGAAAAGGCGAAGCUCACUAUUCAACUAAAUGAUUAAAUAGCAUUUGUUGAGGAAUCAGAUGGGCACAUGCACAAUCAG